UUCCCUUCUCGCCUUCUAGGUUGACUGCAGCAAUACCGUGGAGGCCGGAUGAGAGAAAGGUGUCUGGACCAACAUGCAUCAGACUGGGUCAACGGGUUUCACUCACACACAACCUGAAAUGUGGAAGGUGGGUGUGGAAAUUUUGCAAGGGGCCAUCCACACCAAACAUUACAAUCACACCAAAAGAUGUAAUUACAUGGCCUCCCGGCUUAGUUCCGGAUCUAAAUUGCACACCAAAAAUUUGCUGUAGUUUAGGUAGCACCCACCCACCGACUGAAAGCAUUUCAGGUCACACACUUGCACCCAAAUUUUUGCACAACAUCACAGCCUGGUAUCAACUUAAAAUAGACACAGGUGCCAUAGCUGGAGAAAUGAACAUCCUCCACCAUGAUAAAAACAACGGGACAGACCCAAAACUAUGCUAUUUCAUUAAAGAUUUGGAACCUGCAACUUAUAGAUGCACACACACAGAGUCAUACAACGACACACACAUGCAUCUCACCGAAACUCACUAUAACCUCACAUCAUACACACCUAGCGAACAAAAACCGGAAACCUUCGUAUGGACAAGCAGAAAAGAAGGAACGUACUGUGUGGGGAAAUGUUCCCCAGAUAUGGAAAAAUUCACAAAUCCACAAAAUUGCUCAUGGACUCUGAUCUAUUGCUUCAAAAUAACAACUUGCGGAUAUACAAAACCGAAAGUAUGUCCAAAACUAUACCCAACACCACCUGGCGGAUUGAUUAAGGGAAAUGUAAAUAAGACUCUUUUGCAUGAUGUGAAUUUGGUAAUGACGCAUAUAACAUACAAUAUUUCCAAUAUACUGUCUGCCUACUCUAAGCAUUGUAAUGUUGAUGAUGAAUCAUAUGCAUGGCUACAGUCACGAAUCGAUGAUUUAAUUUCUGAUUAUAAGAACAGACUUGCUGUCCAAAUUCCACCUGUUCGCUCAAAACGUGACCUGCUCGGAAAUAUAGCAGGCCUAUUUGGUUCGGCUAAUUCAUUAACUAACACAUACAAGAUUUCUAAACAAUCUCAAUUUUCCACAUGGUUGACAGACCAGAUGGCCACUGGUUUUCAACACAUCACCAAUAGUAAUGACAACCUAAUCAAAGCGGUCAGAUCUGAGGCGCAGGCGCUUCUGAUGAUCAGCCACACAUUGUUCAAUCAGACCCGUACCAUCGAACGUGACUUAGCCUGCAGAACAUUUGCACAAGAUUUAUUUGCUACAACCAGACAAGAAAUUCUGGACCUCCGUCUCCAUAAAACACCUAGACAUGUUUUAAGUGACUUGAUUGAAAUCUUAGAUUUAGAUAGAUGGCUUUUAUCAGAGAAAAUGAAAAAUGUAAAAUAUUCUGAAUUAUUAGCUACUGUCAUGAUGUAUACUGGAGAAGAAUGUGUUGGAUGCCUUGGGUUUUUUGCCACCUUUCCUUUAAUACACCCAGACCAAGUUUAUUUAAACUCAACUACCAUUCGUUCAAUUGGUACUAUAAUUAAGAACCAGGUCAUUAAAUGGGACCACCUUACCGGAUACAUGACCUCUAAGGGCUCUGAGACCUUGUUUACCAGCCGCACCUGUUGCCAUGAAACCCACAAUUACAUUGUCUGUACAUGUAAUACCUUACAACCUUUUUCCUCCAAUGACAGCAGACUUAUUAAUGUUCAGUCUUUACAUGGGUAUGCCGAUGCAAUUCAGGUUUCUCAUACACAAUGGUGUGUCGUCAGCGAGAUGAACUCUUUCACCUAUGGAGGACUAACCUGUCCUGCCAACCAUUCGUUCUGUUUGGAAAUCACAGAGGACUUUUCGAUGGGUCAAAUCAACAUCCUUGGAAGGAUGCCACUAGAUGCAGAAGUCUCCCCAUGGUGGGACGACACUUUCUACGAACGAGGAACACGGACACUGGUUGACACCAUGAAUCUGGUGGAAAGAACCAUCUCAGAGACUGAAUAUCAUCUUUUCCAAGCACAGGUAGAGACAAACCUGGCCCGAAAGACUGCAACAAUCCUGUCCAGCUCGUCUACGCGCUCAGCACUGAAUGCCUACACAUGGUGGGACUGGAUACUUCGGAGCUGUGCCAUUGGCAGUGCACUCAUCUUUAUGUUCACACUGUUCCAAUGCUGUUAUUUCAGAUGUCUCAUCAGAUCGUUAAGGACGUCAACGAACAUUGCUCUGACACUCAGCCCAUUACAGGUGCCAAAGCUUCAAGAACUCUGAUGACCCCGCAGGAUAAAAUAGCCCACGGGGCCAAAGGGGGAAAACUGUAAGACUGGUAUCAGGAAUGAUUAUUUACGACAUCUGUGUUUUAAUGAGAACAGCUACCUGAUAAGCAUCAAAGAGCUCACAUCUGUCGCUCUCAGUGUGAGAGCGAAACUUCCCCCGGACACGUAUCUCCUGUUAUACCCUCUCCCCUUUUGUCUCUGUUUACCUAAUGCAUUGAAGGUUCCAGCGUGUCUGAUAAAGAAGGUCUCACCCCUUUAGAUAUUGAAACAUUUGCCCUCGGUCCGGUAAUAAAAUUAUAAUCAGGCCCCUCAAGCAAAACAUCCCCUCACCAAGAACAAAGAAACACACAAAUGGUAAUACCACAGAAACCCCAACCGAAACUUCUUCCCAUGAAAAUGUCCUGCAGAGAGAUGGCCAAAUGUAAAUAUCAAAGAAACACCCUGAGGUGCAAAGAUGGGUACUUAAGGGAAGGUGGCAGAGAAGUCGGGGAAUCUGUAUCCAGAUCUCCCGCACAAUUGCUGUGUGUAGUCUUUUUCAUCUUCAGGUAAACUUCUAAACUUUCAUUUAUAUACUUUGAAUUGGCUAAACGUUUCACUAAUGUAAUUUUGAUUGAUUGAUGCUACAUAAUGAAUUGAUUAAUGUUUUGAUUGUUUGAAUUGAUCUUUGAAUUAUCCUGUUUACCUGAUUAAUAAAUUGUUAUGUUUUGAAUGAUUCAAA